UUACUCCAGCACUUUGGGUCUAUCUUCGGUAUAAACCAGCAUCUGCAGUUCCUUACUACACGUUUUGUGAUGCAUCACCAUAGGAUACUUUCUACGGUGCAUCUAUAGAAAUUGGUAAGUUAUUGGAGACCUGCCAAAUUUUACAAUAAUAUGCCACGUUCAUUAAACUAUUGCCCCCACAGCACAAAUGGUAAAUGCCUGCUAAAUCCUGAACUAAAACAAUGAUAUGUUUCUUUAACAGAGCUGACUUCCAGUUUCCAAGGAACCAGUGGGAGAGAUUUAGACCAUGAAUUAUUCAACAGCGCAUCAGAACACUUCUACAAAUAUCACCAAUGAAGAAUGUGAUCUGUAUUUUCACCGCAAUACAGCCAGAAUCUUUUUACCUUUUGUCUACUCUAUCAUAUGUAUCGUUGGUAUCUUUGGGAAUAUCCUGGCUAUAUUGGCCAUUAAAAGGAAACAGAAGAAAGUUAAUUCAACGACACUUUACUCCAUGAGCCUGGUGGUCUCAGACAUUUUCUUUGCAGCUAUUUUACCUGCACGGAUAGUGUACUACGCACGUGGAUUUAACUGGCCAUUUGGUGAAGUAUUUUGCAGAAUAACGGCACUUAUUUGUUACAGCAACAUAUACGCUAGUGUAAGCUUCAUGACCUGCCUAAGCGUGGAUCGGUUCAUCGCUGUCAUAUAUCCAAUCCGCUAUUCCAAAUUUAGAAACAUCAAAAACGUCAAAAAGAUAUGCAUAGUUAUCUGGUGCGUUGUACUUUGCCAAACUGUACCACUGUUACUGACAACAAUGUCCAAAAAAGUUCAAGGCAACCUCAUAACCUGCAUGGAAUAUCCAAAUUUUGAACAAUUGCCAAGACUCCCAGAAAUUCUCCUUGUUGCUUGCAUUGUGGGUUACAUCCUACCUAUGGUCUUUAUGGUGUUUAGUUAUUCCAAAGUCAGUUCAAAACUCAUCAGGACAGCGAAACAGAAUCCUUUAACUGAACGAUCCGGACGGAACAAAAAAGCCAACAAUGUUAUCCUUCUUGUCCUUUUCGUGUUCUUCGUAUGUUUCACCCCAUACCACGUGGUCAUUAUGCAGCACAUGAUCAAAAAGCUGCAGUAUACACCAACCUGCCAGCAACAACAGUAUUUUCAAAUGGCUCUCCAUAUAACUGUUUCCAUAAUGAACUUAAAUUGCUGCCUGGACCCUUUCAUCUAUUUCUUUGCCUGCAAGGGCUACAGAAACAUCGUCUUCAAGAUGAUCAAGCGGUCUGUUAGUGUAUCCAUUUCAAGUGGAGUUAAGAGUACAGCGGACAACUGCUCCCCUGGCACAAGGAGUAUCUUGCAGAACGCAAGGACGGAUUCUGACGGCAAUUUAUAGAACAUUUUGUUGUAAUUCGUGGAUAUGUAAACCACAGCAAUAACCGGAUCCUUAACCGGAUCCAUUCGCAGAAUGUGUAUUGCCUGAUUACCGCUCCAAUCCACACUCUAAACACAUUCACUCCCAUGCACCAUGGUUGCAGUAAAGCUUCAUCCACAAGAUGCACUGCAGCAACAAAUCACGGUUCCAUUGACAGUACCUUUCAACCUCUGUCUGGUCGCCCACAUCCCUCCUCAGAUAAACGAGAGAACAAAUGUGAGAAAAGCAGCACUUUCACGUUACGCUUGGUAAUAUUUGGAAAUAAUAUUUGCAGUUUCCUUAAUGACAUUGCAUCAACAUCCCAGACAAUGCUUUCCAACAGUACCUCACCAAGUGGACUGCAGCGGUUCAUCAAGACCGAUCAGCAACAAUUAAUGAUACACAGUAAAUAGUGGCCUUGUCUUCAACAGGAUGAAGGAUAAAUGAUUUUAAUUUAUAUUUUGUAGUUUCCUCUUAUCUUGAAAUUUAAUUACGUAAAAUAUUAAAGAGAUAAUGUCAAUAAUUUUCCAUUUGUCUAUUCCAUGAGAUGGGGCUAUGAGUGAUAACUUAAUGUUUGCAAUGGUGUGAGAUUUAUUCACUUAGUGCAAAAACAAACUCCUUUUUGAACUCAGCAGGUCAGGCUGCAUUUGUGGAUGGAAAUGGAUAGAUGACAUUUCAGGUCGGUUCAGUUCUUCAUGGUUGGAGUAGAGGGGACUUACCUAUUCCCUGUCCUGACUUGAAAUGUCAUCUGUCUACUUUCCUCUACAAUGGUGCGUGACCUGCUGGUUUUCUUGAGCAUUUUGUUUUUUCGUUCAAGAAUCCAGCAUCUGCAGUCUCUUUGGCUUCCAUUUCUUCACUUUGAUUGGGUUACACAUUCAACUUUGCUCAAACAUAGCUUCUCAUUCAACUUAACUUCGCAGCUGCUCAGCGGGUGCAGCAGCUUCUAUGGAGCAAAGGAAAUAGGCAACGUUUCGGGCCGAAACCCUUUAGUUUAGUUUAGUUUAUUGUCAUGUGUACCGAGUACCGUGAAAAACUUUUGUUGCAUGCUAUCCAGUCAGCAGAAAGACAAUACAUGAUUAUAAUCGAGCCAUUUACAGCGUAUGGAUCCAUGAUAAGGGAAUAGCGUUUAGUGCAAGGUAAAGCCAGCCAAGGCCAAUCAAGGAUAGCCUGAGAGGUAGAUAGUAGUUCAGCACUGUUCUCUGGUUGAGGUUACUCUUAAUGUGCACUAGGCAGUUCUACCAGAUUCUUCAUCCUUUACCUCGAAGCUCGUCUAUUUUCAUGUAUCCCUGGUCAUAAGGUUAGACCACAGUAAAACGGAGUUAUCUAAUACCACCUUAGCUUGCAAAAAAUCCUGUUGACCCAUCUUCUCUACAAUUAAGGAGCAACACUAGCUUUCUGCAUGGUCUUAUCUUCAUCAUUUCCUGUUCCAAUCCUGGCAUAAUCUUGGAUCUUCUCACUUCAGCAAUGUCCUCCAAUGCUUCAAGAUAUCUGCACUUUUGAUUCUGGCCCCUCAUGCAUCCCUAAGCUCCACCAUUGGCAACCUUCCUUUCAGUAGCCACAGCUCUAGAAUUCUGUCCCAAAACCCAUUUGUUGUUUUAUCACUCUACUUCUUUUAGAUGUUGCUUCAAAACCUACUUUGACCAAACUUUUGGUCAUCUUCCCUAAAGACCCCAUAUAUGGCUUUGGGUCAGAUUUGUGAAGUGCGCUGGGGUAUUUUGCUGCAGAAGGUGCUAUUUAGAGAUGACCUAAUCGAACAAUGAAAUCCUUGCUUGCAGCAGCACAACAAAAUAUGUAAACAUAGUACUCU